AUGAAGGAUGCCAGCCAGGAUUUUCCAGUUCACAUCUUCUUCUGGUAUUUUGAAUCCCAGAAAACCCCGUCAGUAUCGCCCCUCGCUGUCUGGCUAAAUGGUGGCCCGGGAACAUCAUCCAUGGUCGGAUUGUUUACUGAGAACGGGCCCUGUCAUAUGAACAGUGACUCGAGGACGACGAGGGAAAAUGCGUGGUCUUGGAACAAGGAAACCAAUAUGCUUUAUAUCGACCAACCUGUCCAGACGGGCUUCAGUUACGACAGCUUGACCAACGGAACCCUGGAUUUGGAGAAUGGCGUCAUCGUACCUGGCGGCCGGUCGAAGAAGCCCACAAUGCUUCCCGGAACAUUUAGUAGCCAGAACACCAACUCCACAGCCAAUACCACCGUGAAUGCGGCCAGACACAUGUGGAAUUUCAUGCAAAUCUGGGCGCAAGAGUUCGAUGUCUACCGCCAAUCAGCCCAGAAUGACCAAAUCAGUCUCUGGACGGAGUCCUACGGUGGCCGGUUCGGCCCAGGAUUUGCUGCGUAUUUCCAGGCGCAGAACAGACGCAUUAAGGAAGGGACCCUGCGUGGGAGAGUCCUCCGCCUGGAUACCCUGGGCAUCAUCAACGGUUGCGUUGACCUGUUCACCCAACAGCCAGCAAACCCUGAGUACGCGUACGACCGGAAUACGUAUGGAAUCCAAGGUAUUGAUCGGGACCGUUAUCUACGAGCGCUGGAAGCCCACUUCCGGAAAGGCGGAUGCUUAGAUCAGAUCGUGAACUGCCAACAGCUAGCGGAGGCUCUGGAUCCUGGCGUGUGGGGAAACGCUCGUACGGUGAACACGGCCUGCAAAAAAGCAAGUGACCUGUGUCAAAACGAUAUAGACGGCGUUUAUAGGAACCAGGAAAAGUGGGCCUAUUACGAUAUCGCCCAUUGUUUUCUCAACCCAUUUCCUCCUAGAUUCUACGCGGGAUACUUGGCCGAUGACAAGAUUCUGAGGGCCCUCGGGGUGCCCGUUAACUACACCGACACGUCGACCGCAGUUAGGAACGCAUUCAAUGCUACGGGGGACUAUGCGAGGAAUGAUAUAGGCGGGUACCUUGCAGAUAUCGCGAGUCUGGUCGAUUCUGGAGUCAGUGUAGCUCUGGUGUAUGGCGACCGCGAUUUCGCCUGUAACUGGAUUGCAGGGGAACGAGUCAGCCUUGCCGUCAAUCAUCGGCACUCAAACCGAUUUAAAGCUGCUGGCUACGCCAAUAUCCAAACGGACUCCUCGCAAAGCGUGAAAGGGCAAGUCCGUCAACAUGGGGGUUUUUCUUUCAGUCGUAUUUUCCAUGCCGGGCACAUGGUUCCCUCUUACCAACCAGUCACAGCGUACGAAAUAUUCCAUCGGGCCAUGUUUCGUAAGGAUAUCGCGACGGGUACGAUCGAUAUCUCUCUUGAUCCGGACUACUCCACAAAUGGUACCCUCCAGUCUACGCUCCCAGAAACCCCUCCGCCCAUGCCUUCUCCAACCUGUUAUUUCUGGUCUUUACAGUCGACCUGUGGGCGGAAUCAAAUAGAGGCGGUAGCAUCAGGACAUGCUAUAGUCCAUCAAUACAUCAUUUCCUACCCGUCGCAGGAUAACGGGGCUUGUCCAGGAGCCUCCAUAAAAGCCCAGGACGACAAACAGCUUGCCAAGAGUGGGCGAGACGAGCUAUAG